CUUGUGAGAAGAGUAAGAAGGGUUAGAAGAAGAGAGGAAGAGACAUUCUCGCAAGACACAGUAGUGCACUGGGUAUUUACCUAACCCUAGGCCGCACAAGCACCUUACGCACCCCACACACAUAUAUACUUAUUGCUGCACGCAAGUCUAGCCAUGGCCAACCGUGAGAUUCUCCAGCAGUGGGCGGGGACCCCCAUCGUGCUAGGUCUCCGGCGGUGGGCGGAGACUCCCCUCGCGCUGGCUCUCCGCAGUCUGCUUAUAUUACCGUUGGAGGUCGCCGUCGCCGUGCUAUCCGCCAUCAUCGCCGUAUUUGCCGAAGCUCUUGACCUCUGGAACCGCGUGAGGUCGGGUACUAUCGUCUAUGACCGUCAGUCGAGGAUGAAAUCCUCCUUCGCGCGAGUUGUCCGUAUCCAGUCCCGGUUCCUUCCUCGCGUUAUCGACGUCGUCUCCCUCGCCCUCGCCGAACUCUCAGCCUUCCUGACGCGGUCGGCGUGGUGGGCGCAGUACGCGGGGCCCGCGGUGGCGCGGUUCUGGGGGGAUCUCUCGUACGCCGUGGAGCUCCGCAUAGCCGUCGGCGUUACCAUCGCGUGCGUCGUGCUCGAGCGGACGGCGCCGCAGCGACAGGCCCUUGCCGAGGUCGCUGCCCACUUCGCGCAUGUCACCCGCCGCGAGGCCACGGGCCUAGUGCGCGUCGCCCGCGCGCUCUGCCGCCGCCCGCGCUCCGAGGUCGGUGAGCGCCGAGGGGUCGACGAGGCCUCCUAUGUCAUGCACGUGUACCUCUGCUGCGUGGCGCGGCUGGCAGCCACCGGGCGGAGCCUGCUCGUCGCGUUGCGGCAGGUGCUGACGAUCCUGCGACACGACGCCCAGAGGGCGGCACGCGUCGCCCGCAACCUGCUGGCGCUCGUCCUGUGCGUGGUCGCGUGGGUGCUGUGGGCGCGGGCGUGCCUCCUAUACGAGGGGGCGUACGAACUCGCGCACCCCCUUCCGGUGCAGCCGCCGCCGCUCAGCUGGGAGCAGCAGACCGUUAUGAACCGGGACUUCGAUGGCGUGGUAGUCAAGCGUAGGCAGCGCUGGCGGCACACCCUCAAUGGCGAGGUCAUUAGGAUCGCCGACUGGUGUAUCGAUUGAUUUGCGCUUCGAAAUGUAAAGUUGGCAGGAGUAAGCAGAGGAGGUUCUCAGGUAGGUACUAGGUAUGUCGUAGCGCAAUGGAACGAAGUGAAUAAGUAAAUGUCUUGAGUCUCUGUGGAUGCCACGAUAUGCUUGCUUUAGUGAUGA